ACAGCCUUGGCAGUCUCAUCUUCAUCUUGCCUCGCUCCCUCCCUCUCUCGCUCCCUCCCUCUCUCUCUCUGAGCUAAGCAACCAACCAUGGCGAGCGAUAAUGAGCCCGCGAAGCUCCUCCUACCAUACCUCCAAAGAGCAGACGAGUUGCAAAAGCACGAACCUCUCGUUGCUUACUACUGUCGAUUGUAUGCGAUGGAACGAGGGCUGAGGAUUCCUCAGAACGAGCGUACCAAAACCACCAACGCCCUCCUUAUCUCUCUCAUGAAUCAGCUCGAAAAGGAUAAAAAGUCGCUGAAGUUGGGUCCUGAGGACAGCCUGCAUUUGGAGGGAUUUGCCUUAAAUGUAUUUGCAAAGGCGGACAAGCAGGAUCGGGCUGGGAGAGCAGAUUUGAGUACUGCAAAAACUUUUUAUGCUGCAAGCAUUUUCUUUGAAAUUCUUAGCCAGUUUGGUGAACUUCAGCCUGAUCUUGAGCAGAAGCAGAAGUAUGCGGUAUGGAAAGCUGCUGAUAUAAGGAAAGCUUUGAAAGAAGGAAGGAAGCCGGAACCAGGCCCCCCUGGUGAUAAAGAUCUAUCGAUAUCAUCCAACAUGGCAAGCGGUGCAUAUGAUCUUGGACCAAGCGGAAGUGAUACAGGUACCAGUCCCAGGAUGGAAUCUGAUCCAUCACCUCAUUUCAGUGGUAAUGUUACAAAUCAGCAAUCUACAAAUAUUCCACCAUCUCUUCAUUUUGACGAUAAAAACAAUCAGCAAUUCGCAAACAACUCAACUCCACCUUCUUCUUACCCAUCUGCCAAUUAUACCUCCCAUGAUUUUCAGCCACCACUGCCUCCAUCCAAUGUAUCUGAAAAUCCUACUUAUUCCCAGCCUCACCGCCAUAUACAUUACCCACAAGAGCCCCAACAACAACUGCCACAGAACUACCAUUCUCAUGAAAGUCCUCCGUCCUACUCUUAUCCCAAUUUCCAGUCUUACCCUAGUUUUACAGAGAGCAGCCUCCCAACUGUCCCAUCUCAUUAUUCUUCUUACUACCAAGGCUCUGAUGCUUCCUACGCUCCCAACAUGGCGCCUCAAGCUCCGCCACCACCAGUAUCAAACUAUCCAUCAGCUGUCCAAUACAAUUCAAGUAAUGUCAAUGGGACUGUUCCAGAGCCUGUGCCCCCAUCUUCUCAAACAUAUCAACACGACCCCAAUUACCAGCCACCACCCGAGAAAGUUGCCGAGGCCCACAAGGCUGCGAGGUUUGCCGUUGGAGCGCUGGCAUUUGAUGAUGUGUCUGUUGCAGUGGAGUUUUUAAGGAAGUCACUUGAAUUGCUGACAAAUCCAUCGUCUAGUCAUUGAGCUUCUUGUGUGUUCUUUGCUUGUGUUCUGGGAUGGAUUCUGAUGAUGUUUUUUUCACUUAUGUAUUUUCUUCUAUUGUUGUAUGGUUUGAUUUGUAAAGCUCAUUGGAUAUCUAUUACAAAAAAGGAAAAAGGUAGAGAAAGAAAGAGGUGGUGGAGUGCUGAGGAUGUUGGCUGGUCUGUGAACUUCCCUAUUGACAUGUUGGUGUGAAUGGAAAUAACAUACGAAAUCUUUGCAGCAUCAAA